CAAAGAAUGUAAACAUCUGCUUCCGUAGGGAAGAGUCCACGUCUGGAAAAGGCUGAGAGCCGUGGGGCUCCUUGGACGGUCUCACGGGAAGCCCCGCGGGCCCCUCAGCAAGCGCCCAGCCUGGGGCGGCCCCAGGUACAGGUGCGGGGCCCCGCUGAGUGCAGAGUGUGCACAUGGAGGCCUGGCUCCCUCCCUCCUGCCCGUCCUGGAGCACCGGCAGCUUUCCCGCCCUCAGCUGUGUUCCCGAGAGCCCCUGGUCCCAAUCAGUCGGGCUCAUUCCUUCCAAGAACCGUGCACUUAAAAAAGACUUGAAGAGGGACAAAAACCGGCCACUCCAUUCGGCCCGGGGUCCAACACUUAAAGCUGGUGCCCGGGAAGGUGGAGGCUUCUUAAGGGCAGGGACGGUGUCUUCACACGUGCUCAGCGUCUGCUUUCUGGGCCGAGCCACCCCACUGGGACUGCGCUCUGUUUGUUCUGCUGAAGUCCAGGGGGACCGCUCCCUGACACCAACGGCUCUACUGAGACGUGGAGCGGGCACAGCAAAGGGCGGGAGCCGCCCGAGCAGGAGGCGAGCUACCGAGCUGCCACCAGCGCACGGAGACUUAUUAGAGACCUCGCAAAGGCACCCGGCGCACUUCUCCCUGGGAGGCGCACGGGAAGAAGGAGCCAAACGCAGACGCCGUGGCCAAAGGCUGUGUGCACAGACAGGACGUAGGGCCCGCGGAGCCCUCAGCACUCAACGUCCGCGUCCAGCCUCCCGCAGCGGAUCACUGAGCGCCGCCUGCAACCGCGGAAGCGCUCGGUGCCGACGGCCCAGGGGACAGGCACCUGUGAUCCCGGGCCCUUCCCUCCUCUGACGUACAAUCUGCCGUAGCCUGCCUGCUGUGCAUGUCAUGGCCGAGUGUUCGCCAAAGCAGAAGGGUGUCUACGUUUUCAUUCUUACUCCAGGGUUCUGAUACGGGUCUGGCGCUAAUUCCUCUGGGAAUUGGGUUCACUCGAGGAGCUACCUCGGCCUUCCGGUUGCUCUGAGACAUUUUCCCCUCUGGACUCAGAAAUAAACAGUCCCUGGAAGCAGCAGGAAGGUCUCUGAGAACUCAGCAUUUCAGGGCGAAUAACUAAUUCAUAUUAAAUGUAAGAUUUUGGUUAGAAACCUCUACUUCUGGCAGAAUGGUGUGACUUGGUUC